AAUUAAGCGUAUGACACCAUGCAUGUAGGAGGGGAAAUCCUGUUUUUCUCAGAGCAACACUUCUAAAGGAGAGGAAAUCCUGUUUCGUAACGGCCCACUUCAAUGACACAGAACAGAAGACACUUAAAAUUCCUAGUUUGUUACAAACUAAUAUCGGUGUGCGUGUGUGAAGAAAUGGGGAUUGUAAAGACGGUACACAUGUUUUAAAGACGAUGGCCUGCAAAUGUAUUCGCCAUAGAUUCAAUUGGUUGUGAUGAAGGUGAAGGGCGGCCAUAUCAUCUGGUUCAACCUAGCUGUAUUGUACGGCACUGUCAAUGUGUCCCCUCUUCCUUACUGCAAAGAUCAAUGGAGGAAUAACCCGUCUGAAAAUGUGUCUACUACUGGACCCUGCAAAAUUGAAGAGAAACUUGGUUCAGCAGUAGACAUGUAUUGUGAUGUUGAUUCUUCAAAAUUUAGCUCUAUUUCCUGGUUUCACGAAUUCCGAGGUAAUUGGGUUCCAAUCGUAACGGAAAAUAAUCCAAAAUGGAGACCGACUGUCUAUCUGGCUAAGGGAAACAAAAAAUUGACUCUCCUCAGCACUUACAUUGAUAAUGUUAAUGGUGAGGAGCUUGAUGCUGACUCCCUGUACAAUAAAAACACUAAUGGCCUCUACAGGUGCAAGGCAGUAGCGGAAACUGAACAUGAUUUACAUGAAACGCGCACCAUUGAAUUGGAGCUAUAUGAAUGUGCUCGAAGGCAAAAUGUGUUUGUGCAUCUUACGUUGAACAAGGUGCUUACAGACUUGGGUAGGAAUGUAACAAGUUCGUGUGUGGCAGACUAUGGCUGCUACAGUGUUAAACCGUACUCUGCUGACUGGUAUCUGCAACGGGGACCCAACUACACAAAAGUAUCAGAUCUGAAGGGCGGCAGAUACCAUGUGACCUCAAAUGUCAGCAAUGCUGGAAGGCACAUUGUGACAACACUGACGAUCGAUGACAUACAGAAAGUUGACUUUGGCGACAGCUUUGUGUGCAUUGUGCUAAAUUCCUCAAACACCGCUAUAAACCAUCUACAUAUCAAAAGAGUUGAUGUGGUGAACAAACGCUCCCCCUUCCCAGUGAGACGAGUACUGAUUCCUGUAGGCGUGCUGGCAUUCGUCGUUAUUCUGGUCUUCUGCCUAUUGUUUAUAAGUAGAAAUGGCAAAGUCAGGCUGUACAUUAGGUCACGCUAUUAUGAUGCCAAGCCACAAAACACAAACAAAGUCUUCAUUUUCUAUGAUGAAGAGGAGAAAGUAAAUGAAGAUGGUCUUUCUAUGGAUUAUGUGCUAGCAGAGGAAAUAAGUACAAAGUUAGGAGAUAAUUAUGAAGUCACAACAUCAGCCACCCAGUGUCAGCCUGGACAAGGUAAACUGCAAAGUGGGAAUCCAUUUGAAGGUUGCAGUACCAGCUUCAUCAUUCUGCCUGAUUUGAUGGAUACAGUAAAAUUCAAAGAAAUGGACUCGUGUGUAUCCCGUUUGUACAACAGUAACGCGAUUUCUUUGCGAUAUCUUACGGUCAUUGACAGAAGUGAAGAAAACAUGAAGGAGGCUCCAGAAGGAUUGAACAAUACAUUUUUGCUUUCAAAGUCAUUGUUGCAUGUUACACGACCAGCAAAACAUGAUACAGAAAGGCAGAGAUUGUUAUUCUAUGAAACAUUAAAGAAAAGAACUGCACCUCUACCUCAAAAUCAGGAAGCUCAAGGAAACAAUGUAUGUUCAGUAAGUCGACUUUGUUUUUGUAUCAGAGGCAAAAACCAUGUUCAUUACGCACAGGCUCAUGUUAAUCUAAUUGAUGCUGAAGUGUAAUUGCAACAACAAAUGAUCUUUAAGCUAAGUCACUUCAGUAUUUGAUUAACUUCCUCGCAAAUAUUCAAAAACAAAAAAAUUGCUGUAGAUACUGUUUCCCUAUUUUUUUACACCCAUUCAGAUUUUGACAGGACAUAUUACGGUAUGGGGAGCGGCCAUCUAUCCACACUUUGGUUUCCACAAUAUGACUUACUAAAAUAUCGUUCAAUUUUGAUAAAACUUGGUAUGAAUGUACAUCACAUAAAGAAUGGGGCUAACUUCAAACUUGAGCAAAAUAUUUUCAUAAUUAAUCAGCGUACUGUGCUCUGAUUUGUCAAUUUCCAAACUUUAAAUUCUGCAAGUUGACUUGCUUAAAUAUUGUUCGAUUUUGAUGAAACUUUAUAUGAAUGUCCAUUAUCCAAAACUUGAGGCUAGUUCAAAAUGGAGAAAAAAAUUGCAUAGUAUAUUUGCUCUGAUUGGCUGACGGUUUAUGCAAAAUAACUUUGUCAAAUAUGAUUAGAUUUUGAGGAAACUCGGUCAAUAUUUAUAUUAUGCAAUGGCAAAGACUAUAAGUUACUGCUAUCCGAUUGGUCGAUGAUUUUUUUCACAAUAACUUAGUCAGAUUUAACAGGUUUCUGAUGAGACUUAGUCAAUAGGUACAAUUUAUCUUGUAGCGAAAACUGCAAGUUAUAAAUACCCAAUAGAAACUUCUUAGGUCUAAUGUUGUUAGAUGAAUGGGUUAUUGGUAAAAGGGUACAAUUUCAAUUUCUAUUUCCAUGGUUUGAAAUAUACACAAAGGGAGGCAAUUGCAAAUCCGUUUUUAGUGUAAAGAUCAUGAGUCAUAAAGGAUUUAUGAAAUAUAAAAAAAAUCCUUCAGCUUAAGUUGGAUAAAUAUGUUUUCUCCUUUCACCACAUUUCAGGAAUAGUUCUCAGCUUUACUGAGUAAUACAGUACAAAUGUGGUUUCUUGUGAUUUUUUAUUUGUUUUUGUAAUAUAUUGAAAAAAAUCAAAAAUGUUUCUUAUCCUGACAUUUCCUUAUUGUCAUGCAUUUUGAUACAAUAAUGUAUCAAAAGGAUUUUAAGUGUCAGAUUGUCAUUGGACAGAAGUACAUCAUUCCGCCCUGCGAUUCUCUUGGGCAAAUUUUGACCAAAAAUGUGACUAGAUAAUAAGAUGAUAUUAAAAAAUAGCAUGGCUUGCUCGAACUGAAAUGUAUCUUGAUUUUAAGAUGGUGUUAAGAAUAAGGAAUCUAUAUUUUCGAAAUUUCUUUAAUAAUGUGAUGUAUUCAUAAAUUGAAUGUUUUAACAUAUGUUUUUUUUAUUUUAGUAUCAUUUAAUAAAAGCUACUCUUGACUGGGGAGAUGGUUUUAGAAUAUAUUGAAAAAAUUUUAAAUGUUUGACAUUGCGCCUCAAAGUAAAAGCUCAUCAAAAAUGAUGAUUAUGAAUUAAGUCUACAGUGCAAAUUAAGUAAUCAAUUAACACACAUCAAAGCUAAACACCUACAGGGGAUUCUCGCGUUGUUUAUAUAAUUGGCAAUAUUGAACACAGUAUUUUGGACAUUUUAUGAAUUAAAUAUUCUGUAAUCGAUAUUUUUAGGUCACCUGAGACAAAGUCUCAAGUGACCUAUUGCGAU